UCAAACCUUCAACAAAUGUUGCCCACAAAUUCAAUCGCACGGGAUAAAACAUAUGCCUCGAACGCCUCACGUUGUAACACUUAGAAUCUGCCACACCUGGUAGCGGCAUCUUUGUCUAUGUUGCCAGCUUCGGGGGUUUGAAUUGGGUCUCGAGAGUUUUAUUGCUGUAGAUUGUUGGGGCCUGGAGUUGCUUGAUUUCGUUUUAUAGACAGAUAAAUAGAUAGAUAGAGAGCGAGAUUGAGAUUGUGGGCAGGGACGCGUGCGGGAGGUGGUGGAGAUGGUGGAGGUCAAGAGGAUGACGAUCUGUGUCGGAGACAUUCAUGGCCAUCUCGAUCGGCUCAAAGCGUUGUGGCGCAAUUUGGAGCUAAAGUUGGGAUCGGAGGUUUUUGCCAGUUCAACGGUAAUAUUCCUAGGGGACUACAACGACAGAGGACCUGACACCAAGGGGGUCCUUGAGUUUCUUGUUGGUUUGCCAGAGCGGUACCCGAAACAGAGGCAUGUAUUUUUAUGUGGGAACCAUGAUUUUGCGUUUGCAGCGUUUUUGGGUGUGCUGCCGACGUCUUCCCCUGGUGUGGAGUAUACUAGUACGUGGGGGGAGUAUGAGCACCAUGAGGAGCGUGAAGGGUGGUGGAGUGGGCCUGGACAAAAGGAAAUCCAUCUGCAGGGGCGACGUUGGGCUGGGAAAAUGAAGUCUACAUGGAACACGACGAGAAAUGAACCAUACAAGGGCUCUAUAUACGACGCUCGUCCUACUUUUGAGUCAUAUGGCGUUUCUCACGGUGACAGGGCAGGUUUAAUUGCAGCUGUUCCCGACAACCACAAAGAAUUUUUGCGUAACUUAGCGUGGGUCCAUGAGCAGGAAGGAGAAGAGACAGAGGAUCCAGAAACAAGCUACACAAAACUUAUUGCCGUCCAUGGAGGUCUAGAGUCAAACUCACUUGACAACCAGAUGCAGAUGUUAAGAACUAAAAAUGGAAUGCUUCCACGUAUUGAGCCCCUCGCUGGUCGGAAGAAUGUGUGGAAUACCCCUCCUGAAUUGGCAGCACAGAAGGUAUUGCUGGUAAGCGGCCACCACGGAAAAUUGCACUUCGAGAGCAACCGUCUCAUUAUCGACGAGAGUGGAGGUUUCGACGACAGGCCCAUUGCUGCGAUGAUUCUCCCUGCUCGAGAAAUUGUUCGUGACACAGAUAAUUUCUCAGAAUGCACAUUGCAGGAGCCACGGCCACAACCCCUGCUUGUUUCUCACUAGCUCCACCUAAUGUUCUUUCAAUGCAGUAUACGUAGUACCGUUUUGUAUCAUCUUCGGGCACCACCUGGCAACCAUUUCUGAUUUACCAUUGUUCCACUUAUUGUUUCGCUUAUAAUGCUUUGAAUAAAAGUUGCGCCUGAUACACGCUUCCUGGCAGCAAUUCUUCCUAUUA